AUGUCGUCCAAGUCGCAAUUGACCUAUGGCGCCCGCGCCCAAUCGCACCCUAACCCCCUUGCACGCAAGCUCUUCCAAGUCGCUGAAGAAAAGAAGAGCAAUGUGACCGUCUCCGCCGACGUGACCACCACAAAGGAGCUCCUGGACCUCGCCGACCGCCUGGGCCCUUACAUCGCCGUGAUCAAAACUCACAUCGACAUCCUCUCCGACUUCAGCCAAGAAACAAUCGAUGGCCUGAACGCACUAGCGGCCAAGCACAACUUCCUGAUCUUCGAAGAUCGCAAGUUCAUCGAUAUCGGCAACACAGUCCAAAAGCAAUACCACAAUGGCACCCUGCGCAUCUCCGAAUGGGCCCACAUCAUCAAUUGCUCCAUCCUGCCAGGUGAGGGCAUCGUCGAGGCCCUCGCGCAAACCGCCCAGGCCUCGGACUUCCCUUAUGGCUCCGAGCGUGGCCUCCUCAUCCUCGCCGAGAUGACCUCCAAGGGCUCUCUUGCAACAGGCGCCUACACCUCCGCCUCCGUCGAUAUCGCCCGCAAGUACCCCAGCUUCGUGCUGGGCUUUGUCUCGACCCGGUCAUUGGGCGAGGUCGAGUCCACAGAGGCGCCCGCGCAGGACGAGGACUUUGUCGUUUUCACCACGGGUGUCAACCUCUCGUCCAAGGGCGACAAGCUCGGACAGCAGUACCAGACACCGCAGUCGGCUGUGGGGCGCGGUGCAGACUUUAUCAUCUCUGGCCGCGGCAUCUAUGCCGCUGCGGACCCUGUCGAGGCCGCUAAGCAGUACCAGCAGCAAGGGUGGGAGGCGUAUCUGGCUCGCGUGGCUGGGCAAUAG